AUGGUGCAUUACGUGGUCACUCACGCUCGGGCGUUCCCGCGCGGCUGCAGGCCCCUGCUGCUGGCCGGGUUCCUCGGAAUCUCCGCGUCAGCAGCUGCGAGAGCUCUGUCCCACUCCCUCACCUUCGCCGUCAACCUCGCGGUCACUACCAACCUCGCGCAACACCUCUACCACAAGAGCAAGGCCACGCGCGCCCACAUCGCACCCGCCUGGAAGCGCCAGCUCCCCAGCCUGCUCGCCCUCGCCAGCAUCCCGCUCGUCAUGGCGGAUCCGACGCGGCACGUCCUCCAGGACGCGGGGCUCAUCUCGGCGGCCAUGUACCGAGCCGAUUGCGGGCCUGACAACGGGCUCCAUGGCCUGCUGUGUCUGAGCCUGGCGGGGUGGAUCAUCACCGUGUUCUGCACGUACGCCGGCUUCGGCCUGCUCAUCUCCGGCGUGCUGGAGGGAGCGGGCGUGCCGGCGAAGGUCCGCGCGGCGUGGGCGGCCUCGCGUGCGCGGCGCGAGGCUGGCGAGGAGUCCCGCGACACGCCCUGGAGCGACAUCGCUGGCGGGAGCGUGGCCUAG